UCAGUGAAAAAAGUUGUGUUUUCUCGAAAAUUUAAUAUCAGCUGAACAAAUUUGCAGUAAAAUUGUGAUAGUGCGUAAGAUUUACCGAUGGAAGUGAACUGUAAUCGAGUGCGGCGAAGCUGCCAGCGGCUUCGCGACCGGUUAGGAUGUCAUCAGAUGGAUCCAUUUCUAAGGUUAACCAAACUGUCUUCGACGAGCAUGAACGAACUGGUGGCGGUGCUUGGCGAGCUAAUUGUUGAUCCAGCCUACACGGAACAGAUCGGACGGGAGUUCGGCAGCAUGCUGCUGUUGAUCGUUGCUAGUGCAAUGGGUGGGGACGGUGAAAUGGGCAGUGCCGGCGAACAGGACCGUGACGGUUACCAGCGGCGAUGUGUAGCACUGUCGAAGAUGGUCAGCGAAUGUCCCAGCGUACUUCGAUUCAGCAUCCAUUUCUUCCGUCACAAUCCACCCCCGUUUGGGGCACAGGAAUCGGUGACUUACGUGCCAAAGGUAAAGGUUAAGAAAGCUGCCAAGCAGCCGGUUUCGGAUUUGGAACUGGUCCGUAGUUGCUAUAGGUUUUUGAUGGCCGAUGUUAGUUAUUUUCGUUCGGCUUGGAAUUGGUCGGAGUUUUUUGAGUUGUACGAUCGUAAGGGAUGUGACCGGCAGCGGUAUUACUGCAAUCGCAUUGUGGCGAUGGUCAGUGGAAUGGAUCAAAGUCAGUUGAGUAGUUUGGAUCAGGAGCUACCGGCGGAAUUGCUGGUUGCGGAACAGAUGGAGCAGACUGUAACGCAGGAAAACCGGUGUGAUCAGCAGGAUGAUGAUAGCGGGGAGAAAAUAAGAUGGAAUUUUAGCAGUCGUGUGGUCACAAACGUAGGCGAAGUACUGCUGCCGAUAUUUGAUAGUGAUAAUUGUGAGUUCUACCGUACGGUGGAAAGUGAGCUAGUAACGGUAGAUUCGACACGUUUGAAUGUGAGAAGUUUGGCCUUGGGUGUUUCCUCCGGAAAAGCCAUCUGCUUGUCCGGUCCGGUUGGUUGUGGAAAGACGUCGUUAGUGGAGUUCUUGGCUAAGAAGACGGGCAGAAUCGGACCUAGUGCACAAGAUCUAAGCAAGCGGUUGAUGAAAAGUGUUGAAAAAGUAAAAAGUUCGAAACGUAAAUCGAAUGGAAAACCUGAGGAGGCGUUGGAUGUAAAUUUGGAUAAGUUGAAAAAAGAGGUUUCUAAAAGUGGAUUUCUACGAAUUCAGUUGGGUGAUCAAACGGACAGUAAGAUGCUGCUGGGUCAGUAUCGGUGUACGGAUACUCCGGGAGAGUUCGUGUGGCAACCGGGAGUGCUGACGCAAGCGGUCAUUAACGGGUACUGGUUGCUGCUGGAAGAUUUGGACUGUGCAACGCAGGACGUUUGUACGGUUUUAACUAAUCUGUUGGAGAAUAAUUAUCUGAGUGUUCCCGGUUUUCGGGAUUGUUUGCGGAUUGAACCAGGAUUUCAACUUUUUCUGACGCUGCGAACACAGAAGACGGGCAGUGGUGCAACGCACAGUCCUUAUAACUUGUUGGAAAAGUAUCUUUACACGGUAAAUAUUCUACCUCUAAGUCGACCGGAACUUUGUUCGAUAAUUUGUACGAAAUUUCCUGAACUGAAAACAGUCGCCAGUCGGAUUGUGGACAUUUAUUUAACCUUUUCUAGUGGUAAUCAUGCUAUUGGUAAUGAAGAAACAGAAGAAGCGGUGAAAAUUCUAGAAAAUAAACGACUAGCUAGUGGUAAAGACACUGGAGAAGGCGACGAUUGUCUGCCCAGAUUCCAGUAUGAUAAUUUAUCGCUGGCCAAUCUCCCCAACACUGGUAGGUUGGUCUCAACUAGAGAUUUGAUUAAACUUUGUCGUCGGUCGGUUCAAAGUUUCUCGGUAACCAGUACGGAAUGCGCCUACUUUGUGUUCCAAAAUGCGGUGGAUUUAUUCUGCUCGCACAUUCCGGCUGGGGAUUUGAAGCGGAAUCUAAUUGUCAGCAUCGGUGGUAAAAUUGGCAUCAACCAAAGUCGCUGCGAGCAUCUGUGUGACGAUUACAAACCGGACGUCGAUGUGAGCACCUCGAAGGAGAUCAAAAUCGGUCGGGUGCCUUUGUGUCGAAACUUCGAUGAUGAUCAGGAUCGGGAGAAAGAGAAUUCCUUUCGGCACAAGAAGCUCCGCUUGGAUGAGAAUGCUUCUUCGAAGGUGAAGUUGCAAGCGUUUAAAUUGCAAAGUCAAGCACCGACGUUUUCCUUCACCCGGCCGGCGUCCUGUUUGUUGGAGCGAAUUGCCGUUUCUGUGGCGCAGAAUGAACCUACGCUGUUGGUGGGAGAAACUGGUGUCGGUAAAACCAGUGCCAUCCAAUAUUUGGCUUACCAAACGCGCCACAAACUGGUUGUGGUCAAUAUGAACAAUCAGUCGGAUGUGUCCGACCUGAUUGGAGGUUUUAAGCCGGUCGAUUUAAGCUACGUCAUAACGCCACUUCGGUACGAGUUCGAGUUUCUUUUUGGUAAAACUUUUAAUGUUCAGAAAAAUGAAAAGUUCCUUUCGAAUGUUAGUGUUUGUUACAACCGAGGAGAAUACAAUGUUUUAGUGAAAUUAAUGCUGAAGAUUACGGAAAAAGUGUUUGUCAAAUUUACAGACGGUAAUUCUGAGGAGGAAAUUCACGACAAAUGGAUUCGUUUGGAGAGGAACCUUAGAAAGUUGGAUGCCCAGCUGAAAAACUCCGUUAACGUGUCGUUUGCCUUCAUUCCUGGUUCCUUAGUCAACUGCAUCCGGAACGGGGAUUGGGUUCUGUUGGACGAAAUUAAUUUGGCUUCAACGGAAACGCUCGAAUGUUUGUCAACCAUUCUCGAACCGGACGGUUCGAUCAUUCUGCUAGAGCGAGGAGACUUUGUACCGGUGAAACGCCAUCCAGACUUUCGCAUCUUUGCCUGUAUGAACCCGAACACGGAUGUUGGUAAGAAGGACCUUCCGGUGGGCAUCCGAAAUCGUUUCACAGAAUUUUUCGUGGACGAAUUAGUCACGGAAAACGACCUGCUGAUAUUGGUGAACGAUUAUCUCGGCAGUACGGGGGUCCAAAAAGUCCGCAUUCUAAACACGGUUAAACUGUACCGCCGUUUGAGGGCUUUGUCGCAGCUGGAGCUGAACGACGGGCUUGGUAAUAAACCCGUCUACUCGCUGCGCACGCUGUGCCGUGCGCUAAGCAUUUGCGCCAAAAACCUUUGCGGGUCGAUCGAACGAAACCUGUACGAGAGCUUCUGCCUGAGUUUCCUAACUCAGCUGGACCUAAAAUCCCACCAAACGGUGCUCAGUUUUAUCCAGAAAACGCUCCUCAACGACAUUAAUCAGGCAAUUUCCCAUCAAAUUCCGAAACCCGCCGUCGGCGAGCAGCUAAACUUCGAAGGAUAUUGGAUCGAGAAGGGUCCAAAAGAGACGCAGCAAUGCGAGCAGUACAUCCUAACGGAAAGCGUACGAAGCAACCUGCGUGAUUUGGCACGAAUCAUUUCGAUCGGAAAGCUUCCCGUCCUGCUGCAGGGACCGACUUCGGCGGGAAAAACCAGCCUCAUCGAGUACAUUGCCAAACGCAGCGGAAAUGUGUGCCUUCGGAUCAAUAACCACGAACAUACCGACUUGCAGGAGUACAUCGGAACGUACGUAGCGGAUGUGAGUGGUAAACUGUCCUUCAAAGAGGGCGUUCUAGUGGAAGCCAUGCGGCAAGGUUACUGGAUCAUUCUGGACGAACUGAACCUGGCUCCGAGUGACAUUCUGGAAGCCCUAAAUCGAGUCCUGGACGACAACCGAGAACUUUUCAUCCCCGAAACCCAGGUCGUCGUUAAAGCCCAUCCUAAUUUCAUGCUUUUUGCUACGCAAAAUCCUCCGGGACUGUACGGUGGACGUAAAAUGUUGUCCCGAGCGUUCAAAAAUCGCUUUAUUGAGUUGCAUUUCUCGGACAUUCCCCGGGAUGAGCUGCAGGUGAUCCUGGAAAAGCGGUGUCUCAUCCCAAAAUCUUACUCGCAAAAGAUGGUCAAAGUUAUGUCCGAGCUGCAGAUGAAUCGACGAAGCACCAGCAAGCAAAACUUUACCCUUCGUGAUCUGUUCCGGUGGGGCAACCGGUACACCUACGCCGACAGUAAACUGCUGGCGGACACAAGCUACGAUUGGAACCAGCACCUGAUCGACGAAGGCUAUUUGGUUCUAUCCUCCAAGGUACGCAAUCUAUUCGAAACCCAAAUCAUAGAACAGGCUCUUUACACCCAUUUCCGGAAACAAGUUUCGGAGCAGAAGUUGUUUUCCCUGUCGAAGGAAACUUCCCGUGUUACUCGUCCAAUCCUGGAAGAACUGGAACGGCAAACCCUUUUCGACGGAAUCGUUUGGACCUUCGACAUGCGUCGAAUGGCAGUCCUAACGGCAAAGGCGCUGGAGUUCAACGAACCCGUUUUACUGGUCGGUCCUACCGGCUGUGGAAAGACCACAAUUUGUCAAAUUUUAGCAGCCGUGCGAGGGAAAAAGCUCCGAAUCCUGAACUGUCACAUGCACACCGAAGGUGCAGAUUUUCUCGGUGGUCUGCGACCAUUCCGUGAAGCGGACUCUUCUACAAAAGAUUCAAACCAGUUGUUCGAAUGGUCCGACGGUCCACUGGUCCUCUCGAUGGCCGAAGGUGGCUACUUUCUUGCGGACGAAAUUUCCCUGGCUGAAGAUUCCGUGCUGGAACGACUGAACUGUGUCCUGGAACCGGAGCGAACGCUUCUGCUGGCCGAAAAGGGAGGAGUUUCGGCGGAUGCGUGCGAAUUUGUGAUAACCGCUUCGGAAGGUUUCCAAUUUCUGGCCACCAUGAAUCCGGGAGGAGACUUCGGAAAGAAAGAACUCUCACCUGCGCUGAGAAAUCGACUGACGGAAAUUUGGUGUCGCGCCACCAAUUGCAAGGACGACUUGAUUCGAAUCGCAGAGCAUGCUCUGCGACCUAACCUCAACGCUCAACUUAACCUCAAUAACGUUGCAAAAGUCCUCAUUGGGGUUGUCUUCACGCUGAAAAAGAAGAUUGAUAAGCUAAAUUUCAGUAUACGUGAUGUUCUCGCUUGGGUGACGUUCAUUGGCAAAAAUCACUCCAACCUAUCGCUUGCAGAAUCCCUCAUUUACGGACUGGAAACGGUGUUUCUUGAUGCCCUGGAAAUGUUACCGUACGAAACCUUCGAAGAAAUCGUUGCUAUCCGUAGUGAAAUUCUCGCCAAUCUUCAACUCUUAGCACGGGACCUUCUCAACAUCAAAGAAUUUAACCUCAACCGAGGAUCGUCCGUCGAAUCAACCAAUUCCCAAUUCGGAAUCAAACCAUUCUUCAUCCCCCUGAAUCCAGAACAACGAGACCGCCACACGGAGUUCCUGUUCAGUGCUCCAACCACGCAGCAAAACCUGUUCCGCCUUCUAUCGGCCCUCAGUCUGGACAAAGCGAUCCUCCUCGAGGGUCCCCCAGGAGUGGGCAAAACCUCUCUGGUGGAGAACCUUGCCCGUGCCACCGGGCACGCCAUCGUCCGCAUCAACCUGUGCGAACACACCGACCUUGCCGAUCUAUUCGGCACGGACCUCCCAGCAGAAGACCACUCUCUUGAGUUAGCUUCCAAACAAAGCGCCUCCGGCGCUGAUCAUCGCGAAGCGACCAACAAAUUGGGUUCAUUCGUUUGGCGCGAUGGCCCACUACUGGCGGCCCUCAAAGCCCCCAACACCUGGGUCCUGCUGGACGAGCUCAAUCUCGCUCCGCAGAGCGUACUGGAAGGGCUGAAUGCCAUUCUCGAUCACCGCGGAGAAGUCUACAUUGCCGAACUAAAUCGAACAUUUAAACUCGGACAGCAAACGCGAAUUUUCGCGGCCCAGAAUCCUCUCCGCCAGGGCGGAGGCCGUAAAGGCCUACCGCAAUCAUUCCUAAAUCGUUUCACCAAAGUCUACCUAAGGAAGUUAGAACGAACCGAUCUACUGCAUGUAGUCAACGGAAAAUACCAGCAGAAGUUCGCUGCGAUCGGUGAAUGCUUGAUCGAAGAUCUAGGCCGACAACCGGGUAACGACGUAAGUUAUUUCGAGGGUUUGAGCUCGCCGGAGGCGCACUCCAUUCGGUUUGAUCUGACCGAACGAAUGGUGCUCUUUUCCGAAACCCUGGAAACAGGUAUUGCGAAGCUGGAGUUCGGCUACAAGGGAGGCCCGUUCGAGGCGAACCUCCGGGACAUCUUGCGUUGGUGUGAGCUGCUCUGCAGCGAUCGGGUUGGUUUUCUGCACAAGCAAAUGAGCAGCUCCGUUGCUUCCUUCCAGCGGUUCCAGCUGGUACUGUUCGAAAAGAUGAAGCUGGUCUACUACCAGAGGAUGCGAACCGAUGUCGAUAAAAGCUACAUUUUAACAGCCUUCGGUACGGUUUUCGGCUGUGACGCUUUCGAGUUGGAUCAGCGCUCACAGGAUAUCAGCGUCUACUGGACCGAUAAUAAACUAUACUUAGGUGAUUUGGUCAUCGAAAACAGCAAACAACCGUCGGAGGAUACAAACUCCAUUCCACAGCAGGUGACUGCGGCCGCGCCGCUUAUGCUAGCGAGUCAAAUCGAAGCACUGAAAUGCGUUGCCGAGUGUAGCCAGCUGGGCAAACCGGUCAUCCUGUGCGGUCCGAGUGAUUGUGGUAAAACGAAAAUCAUUCACCUGCUGACGACGCUGAGUAGCCAAUACUGUAACGUCGAUACGAUCGAUGAUUCCGUUACGGGAAGCUUUCAGCAGUUGGAUUUCAAUCGCCACCUGGAGGAGGUGUCGUGUGCCGUUGAGGCAAUACUGAUGGAAGCCGUCAAGGAGGCGGUAUUGGAUGGCAGCCAUUCCGGACGGAAGCUGAUGGUGCAUUUGUUCGGUGUUUGGGAAAAGUAUGCCCGAUUGAACGAUGGAAAAAUGGCAUUUACCACCCAGAACGUACAGACCGAGGAGCUCUCCCUGUUCCGGAAACGUCUCGCAGCCCUACAGGAAGUGAUCAGCGCGCUAGCCGAUCACGACCAAACCACCAGAUGGCAUCCGAGGCUCCGUUCGAUGCAAGCGGUCCUGGCCGUACUGCUCCGUGUAUCCCAGCAGGCGGAAAGCCUCAACACGGGCGGUUACUUCGAGUGGGUCGACUCCAAGGUGGUCAAAUCGCUCAAGCAAGGUCAGUACAUUUGUUUGGAACACGUCAAUCUGUGUUCGUCGGCUAUACUGGAUCGAUUGAAUCCGAUCUUCGAACCGGAUGGUACGUUGCUGAUUUCGGAGAAGGGUGUGGAUGGGAACCAGGAGGCGGAGGUUAUUCGUAAGCAUGCGAAUUUUCGGGCUUUCCUCACGUUGGAUCCGAAGCACGGGGAGAUUUCACGGGCGAUGCGCAAUCGGUGCGUGGAGCUGGCGCUCCACCGCGAGGGUUACUCGGAGGAUGAUUUGAGGAAGUUGGUGUACGAGAAUGGAGUGCGGCAGGGGUGGUUGAUUGGUGCCAUACUGGCCGUUCAUCGCGGGGUGAAGAAGGUUUCCGAAUUCAACCAGUUUGGGGUUGCGCAUGUGCUGAAGUUUGCCUACCUGGUUGGGCAGAACCAACGGAUGGGAGUUCCGGCGAGGAAGUGUUUGCUGAUCAGUGCGCUGGAGGUUUACGUGAGGUCGUCCGGCACGGAUUUGUUGGGUUAUGGAUUGGAGUAUUAUAGGACGGCACUGAGAAGUGCUGUUGAGGAGGAAAUUGAGAAGGCGACGGAGGUGGUGGAUCUGGUGGACUACGGUCAUGUUGUGCUGAGAUCGGAUCAACUGAACCGGCUGCAGUUGAUUAAGUUGCAGGCGGAACCGUUGUUGUGUGUGCUUCGGUGUCACCAGUACGGAGUUACCGAUACUAUCGGGGCGUUGGUUAACAUUUCGACGAAGUUCGGUGAGCAACAGGAGUUUGGUUUGAGUGAUUUGAAAUAUUGUCUGUAUUUGUUGUAUGGAAUGAGCAGUUUUCAAGACGUUAAGUGCCGAAACAUCUUUCUGGCAGAAUCGUUGAAAAUUGUGGGCAAAUAUCAGUGCAAGAAUGAAAUCGUACCGUCCGCUCAGGAAGUCGUCGAAGUUGAUUUUGAGGUUAAAUCAAAUUGUACCGGACAGAAGUUCGAUUCGGGUCAAGGAUUUUCAGACUACAAAGACCUUCAGCAUUCCGAACAGGAGAAGUUCGAGGUGGCACCCGGUGAUUCAGCAACGGUUGAGACCGUUUUGCAGCAUUUGGUUGAAUUAAAUGACCUUCUUUUUGAAACUGUCCAAAAAUUUGCUGCAGCUGCAGCUGCUGGUGGUGGACAUCUGCCGUGGGAUCAUUCCCUUUUCCCGGAAAUACGAGAAUAUCGGCAGGAUACUAGUGUGGAUCAGUAUCGGAUUGGUGCGAUUCUGCUUCUUGAUACGACUCUAAAACCCAUUGAGGUUAAACAAUCGAUUAAACUGAGCCAAAUUGAUGUUCUAUCCUACUCGAAGGCCGUGACGUUGAAGAUGAUCAACGAUUCCGUGGGAAAUCACUUGAUUGAACAACUUUAUGACUUCCUCGUGAAUUUUAGACCGCUGGUUGAGGAAACCCUACGGUCGACUACUUUGAACGGUGAAAUUUACACCAAGCUAGUUGGUUCCUAUUUUUGGAUCAAUCGAUUGAUCACACUUUCCGGCCGGAAAUUGUUCGUCAACAGGGAAGUGAACUCCGCCUUGGUGGACUACAUCAUGCUGCACAUCAAAUGGGUUCAGAAGCAUUGUCUUGCCCUGUUCGAAGGAGGUCACAAUUGUGAACGGUUCAAAGCGGUGGCUCGCUCGUUGGAGGAUUCGGUGCAACGGAGCAGUCAUCCCCUGGCAGAGGGAAGGAAAGUUUACUCCAAGACGUUCCUCAACAGUUUGCCACUAUAUUCUCGGGAGCAAGUAGACCACCGGCAAGCGUUGGUGGAGUUCAAUGAAGGGUUGCGGCUGGUUCCGAGGUUGACUCGCCUGUUCGAUUAUGAUGAGUUCCGGAAGAGAUUAGCUCUGCUUAGUCACGGUAAGACCAUUGAUGUUAGGCGUUCGUGGUUUGCGAAGGCUGCCCAAGCUCCGUUGAUGAUGUUGGAGAAGCGGGACUGCCUGCUGGCAGUUGAAGAUGAGAAACUUGGACGCCUCUUGAAGCUGAUUCAGGACUUACCGACCUACGAUCAGUUGGGUGACGAUCAACUAAGCCAAGAUGUACGUCGGUUGGAAGAUUAUAGAAAAUUUGUGGAGCAAUUUGAAUCGUUUGAAGAUGGCGGAAAUAAGUUUGAGGUUGAGGUGCUUCCACUUUAUGAGUACUUUUUGGUGAAAAGUUUGACGGCCGGAAGUUCAGUGGUGAACCAGGAUUACGUGGCGAAUGUUCGUUCCCUCAAUCUGGAUGUACUGGAAUUGUUUAAGCAGCGUAAUGAUGUGAAACAUCGAAGCGUAGUACAAGUGAUGGCGGUCUUCAAUGAGUUGGUGGCUUCCGGGAAAUUGGAGAUUGAUGAUGUGAUGAAAAACCUACCACCGGGUGCGUAUGGUUGUUUGACAUCGUACUAUAAGAGUUGGAGAAAGCAGAUUUACAACUUCCAGCUCGGUUCUUUGGCUGUUGAAGGUGCGGUGUGCUAUAAAAAUGGUACGGAAUCCGACUAUGAAGCGUGUCCUGAGCAGGUGACCAGUCAGACCUUCCACGGUGCUAUUUUGACCUCAAAUGUUUUAAACGUUGUGCUGGAAAAUAAUGGCGAGCUUCGCUCGACCGGAUUGGGAGAGCUUCCCGAAUGGAGAAAAAUGCUGCAGGUUAUGAGAGAUACCAUGUGGAGCAAUUCGACGCUGAUGGGAUCGAAGCAGGCUUUGCACAGUGUUGAGUUACGCAACGCAAUUGAAGAUGCGAAAAAGUUGUUGUUCGAAAUUGAUACGUUGAAAAAGUUAUUUAAUUGUGAUUCAAGUGAAAAAUUCCUACAAGAUUUCAACAAACUGAUUGACGAACUCCGAAAUGUAGUACAGCAAGCAACGCUUGCGGAAGUAAAUGCUGACUACAGCAAAUUUUUCUCUAGCAGUGAAAGGAAUUCACAAUGGCGACUGGUUUCGUUGCUGCGCUCCCUCAUGGGAGCGCUCGAGUUAAACCUGAUGGUUCACCUACCUCUGAUGGAUCCAGUGGAAAAGAACUCUCUAAAAAAAGCAUACACAGACGAGGACAUUGCCCACUACCGGACGUUGGUUCAGGUUUACGAUUACAUGGCAAUCACCAUGAGCUACCGACGUCUAGGGGAAGCAACCAAGCGCUCAUUCACGGACCAUCUAAACACGCUGGUUGCUAAGCGACAAAAGCUAUCCCGGAAAGUUGCCCUCCGUCCGGAGAACAACCUGUACAGCGAGCUCGUUAGGGACAUUAACAAUUUCCUCCUAUCUUGUUGUCACCCGGGAACGUUGGUGGAACUACUCAAGACGGCCACUCAGUGCUGGGAGUUUGAGGUUGACGUGAAAAAUCCGGUUAAAAACUGCACCCAAACCGGAGCCUUCCAGCUGAAGGCGAACGAAACCAUUAAGCAGAUCGAACUGUGGAUGAAUACCGCCGAAAAGUUCGAACAUCACACGUUGAAGCGGUACGGUGCCUACUAUCGGGACUUUUUGGAACCGUUAAGCUGCUCGGUAGCCGCGUUGAAGUACGGUCUGGCCGGCGUGAGGCACUCGCUGCUGAUUCGAAGGGAUUCGAUUGAGGUUAAGAGCAGUAGUGGAGUGUUUUAUGACCUUUCCGAGCGGGAUGCGCUGACUAAAAUCGUUCAGAAGUUCGUUCAAUUCCCAAUGGUUAAGCCGAUUGAGUUGUUUGAUGUGGAAACUACCGGAGGAGGAGGACACCGGGUGAAUGUUUAUUCGCUGUUGGAGAAGAUCGACCACAGCGAGGCGAACUAUUUCCGCUUGUUGAAGUCCAAACUGCAGGAGGUGAGGAAUGUGAUUACGCUGCGAGGGUCUAUCGGAGAGGACGAGUUCGUGGAUUUGGAUAAACUGGUGAAUGUUUGCAAUCAAGUGUGGCAAAAGCAGGAGCACCUGCGGCGCAAGAAACAAGCCGAAGAGGACAGUUUGUAUCAGACUAAGAGUCACUGCGAGGAGGAAAGUGAAGAAGUGCUCGCGGAGCGAGAGAUUAGCGAUAUGUUCCCGAAUUAUGUGGAUGAAGAUUUUGCUGAUUUCAUUCAAAAUGACACGCUGGAGCAGGUGAUUAAGGUCGGUAAGGUUGGACGAGGGCAAAAGCUGGUGGACACGAUUAGCCACGAGGAUUAUGCGUUGAUCUGCGAGAGCUUCAUGUAUUUGAUGAAUAAGUUCUCCCGUUCGUACUAUUACAAUCCGGAUGUUGUUGCAGCGGAUUUGCCAGAAACGGCGGCACCGGAUUUCAUCUCUCCAUUCAAAACAAAAAUCACAAUUUUCCAACAGCUGAUGCGCAAAUAUAAGCUAGCAUUGAACAGCAAACUGGAUGAAAGCUUCUACCCCGGUUUGAGCCUGCUAAUUGGCCUGCUGCGGGAGAAAUACGACGACCAAGAUUUGCAGUCGCCGUUGGCGACGUCGGCAAAAUACAAUUUCUAUAAAGAUUCCAACACAGCGGAGGUCGUACAGUGCGUCGCGGUUCUCAAAAAGGUUGAAGAGCGAGUCCGAGCUUUGCUACUGGAAUGGCCAGACCACGCUGGGUUGAAAGAUAUCAUUCGAAUCUUGGAGCGGAUCUACGGCCUCCCAUCGACGGCUCCGAUUGUCCGCUUUAGCACCGGGCUGCAGCUGCUGCGGCAGAAGAUCGACGAGUGGAACGCUGUCGCCCAUCGGGCGAACAAUCUGCGCGAGCUGGAGGCCGAAAUCGUAACGUUCGUGCACCGCUGGAUGCGCAUGGAACUCCAGUUUUGGCGUGAUUGCAUGGGACAAACGUACGAGAAUGUUCGCAGAAAAGCCUGCAAAUAUUGGUUCUUUAUGUACAAUUUGCUGCACGAAUUUUUGCAAAGUGAUUCUAAGGCGAAGCUGGGGAAUUUGCUGGAUUAUAGGAAAGUCGAACGCUACUUCGGGGAGGAUGAGCUGUUGGAAGACGAGCAGCAGGUCGAGGAUGGUUCGGUUCAAAUCGGAGAUUUGGUUCAAGUUCUGAAACAGUUUAUGGAGUCUUCCAGCUACGGAGAGUUCAGCACACGACUUCGCAUGCUGAAGUCCUUCGAACAGUAUCUUAUCUAUCUCAGCUAUGAAGAUAACCGUAAAAAGGACACGAUCGUCGCCGUUUUGCAUAAUCUGCACAUGUAUUACGAUCAGUUUUCGGCGGAAAUCGAGGAAUACAUCAAGUCGAAGCGAACUCCGAUCGAGAAAAAACUGAAAGAUUUUGUUAAAAUUGAAUCCUUUAAUAAGGAUUUAUCCUACUUUAGUAUGCGAAAUAACAUCGCCCGAGUGCAUCGCCAGCUGCACAAGUUCCUGAAGGAGUUCGAAACCGCAAUCCGGGAAAAAAUCCUUCCCAUAUUCAGCCCGAAAGAUCCGGCGAAGGAGAUCAACGAUGCCGAAGAGCAAAAGGUCAAAACCCUCCGCUCGGACCCGAAGAUCACCUACUACAUGGUGGACGUGAAAAAUUUCAUGGCCUCAGCGAAGCUGAAGGAAAAGUUCUCACUCGCCACCGACCUACCGAAGGAGCAAACCGCCAACCAGGAGUUGUUCAGCAAAAUUGACCGCUUUUUCCUAACCUCUCGCGGUGUCGUUAAGCAGGCGAUCCUACACGGACCCUUCCCGGGGUUGAUCUACAGCUUGGACACGUUCCUGCACGACCAGAUCGAAACCAUUGAAUAUCUUCGUGCGCUGGAGGUGAACCGCGAGCAACCGAAACCGAAGCAAAAGUCACAAGCCAAGCAGAUUCUCAAUCAAAAGCGAAAGGCUUUGGCCGACUUCUACAAGAGCCUAACGCAGCUGGGGCUUAGCUAUCGAAGUGGUGUUAUUGAGGCUGCCAUAGAAUCUGAUCCGGUGGAUCUAACGAUCAAGCCAUUUGCCGUCGAAUCGCUGACUCAGAACAACAAGUAUCGUAAGGUCAAUCAACAUCUCGUGUUUUUGAAUGAUAAGCUGAAUCUGUACUACUCGAAGUGUGUCUUUAAGAUUAAACUACUGUCGAAGGUGAUGUUGCAGCCGAAUCCAGAAGUCGGGGUGAUGAAUAUCGAUCGGAUUCGUGGCUUUGCCACGGAUCUGUUCCUGUUGGUGCAAUCCCAGCGGAAAGAGCUAGGUCAAUCCAUCGCCAGUGUUUGUCAGCUGAGGGACCGCAUACAAGAGCUGACACAGUUGAGUGGUUGUUUGGAAUCGACUGCUCAAAAGUUCCGGUUCGAAGAGGCUCGCCAACAGUUCCGAACCAUGAAGCGUUGCCUUGUCGAAGUACGAAGUGUUUUGGAACAGUUCAAUCUCCUGCUGAAGUGUGCUCCUGCGGAGCCCCGUGAAGAGCUGAAAGUGCUUCCGAGUGAUGCUGGAAUGGAUCAGAAAGCGCUGGCCCCGGUUUCGAGACUGUCGCAUGAUUGUUUAAGCUUGACAGUCAAGUUAAGUGAUGAGUUGAAAAAAUUCGACGAAACAUACAUCGCUGGUGAUACGGUUUUACGAGUACGCAAGCAGUUCCAAGAUAUUUGCCGCACUCUAGAAGCCCUCAGUGAUAAACUAAAGGUCGAAAACACAAACGAACACUCAAUCUACGCACAAUCCAUCACCGAUCUACUGAAGAUCGUUCAAAAAACUAACGAUAGCCUAAAUCAAACGGAGGAGCAACUAGAAACCACCGAUGAAAACCCAUCCCAAACCAGCCAGAACGUCAACAACGAACUGGAGAACAUUAUCCACACGGUUCUGCUAGCCAUGCAACACCUCUUCAAAAAAUACUCCGCGCCAGACGAAGAGAAACCGACAGGCACCUCAACCGAUGGGGCAACAACUUCCAAGGAUGAGGAGGAGCCGGACGAUCAGGACCAGGACGGAGGCAACGCACUACAACCGCAGCAUCUAAAGCAAAAAAUCAACCACAAUCUGCUGCAGGACCUGCAAACGUUGAACCUACGGAAGCUGUCCGGCAAGCUGGACGGGCUCCUGUUGGUGCUGGAAAACAUUGGCGAUCCGGCGGCGAGCAAGUCGGUCGUGCAGAAGCUCGUUCGGCUGGUUCCGCUGCUCGAACAGUACGAGCUGUUGGUCGAGUAUUACCUCGUUCAGCAGCUGGGAGCGCAUAAGAUUAGUGCGAAAAUGCUCUCGGUUAUGCUGACCGUGUUCAUUGAGUUGGGUAGUAAGGGUUUUUGCGUGCCGCGAGAUUUGCUGGGUGAUGACGAUCAGGAUGGUGGAGGUGAACGGCAGGAGGAGAACCAGCAGAGUGGGGAAAAGUUCGGUUUUGAAGAUGGCGAAGGGGAGAAGGAUGUAUCGAAUAAGAUUGAAAGUGAGGAUCAGCUGGAGGAUGCGAAGAAACCGGGACAGGAGAAGGACGAGGAGCAGGAGGAGGAAAAGGAUAACAAAGAGGAGAAGGGAAUUGAUAUGAGUGAGGAUUUUGAGUCGAAGCUGCAGGAUGUGGAGAAGCCUGAGGGUGAUGAUUCUGAGGAGGAGAAGGAAGACGAGGAGGAGGAUGUGGACAAGCAGAUGGGUGAGACGGAGGAAGGGGCUGAGAAGUUGGACGAUCAGAUUUGGGGUGAUGACGAGGAAAAAGAAGACGACGAAAAGGAAGAGGAUAUGGAGGAGGAGGAUGGGAAAGGUUCGGGAGAGGCGGAUGAACAGCACAACAAUUUAGAUUCGGAGAAGGAAAAGGCUCCGGGAGACGAGGAGGAGGGAUUGGAUGCGAUCGAUCAGGCGAAGGAUGAUCGAAAGAAAGAGAAACCCAAGGAUAUCGAAGAUAUGAACAAUCAGGAAGGGGAGGAAGAGCAGGAAAAUCCUUACCACAAUCAGUUGGAGGAGCCACCACAGCCGGAAGAGUUGGAUCUGGAUGAGGAAUUCAACUUGGAUAAUGAUAACCGGCCGGAUAAUCAAAAGGAUGAAGGGGAGGACCAGGAAAAUCCAUUUGACGUUGAUAAUAUGAAGGAUAGUGCCGAGCAACAAGAUGAAGAGGGAGAGGAGUCGAAGGAAAACGACCAACAAGAAGAGCAAAGUACUCAACAAAAUGCCGACGGUGACUCAUCGGAUGAAGAGGAAGAAGAAAAACCGGAUGGUGAAUUGAAACUGGACGACAAGCAAGAGGAAGGAGAACAAGAACCGACCCCAGAACAGGAGGAAGAGGAAAUCCAGCAAAUACCGGAUAAAGAAAAAGACGAGCAAGACGAACCACAAGAAGAACAAACUAAUGACGGCGGCGAAAAGAAAAAGGAACAAACCGAACAGCGGGAAUCGAACGACAAACGUUCGGAGGAGGAUCGCAUCGAAGCGAUGCCCGAUAGUGAGAACAAGGGCACAAGCGAUCAGGUGGCGAACGAAAAGCCGGAAUCCAAGCAGGAAAAUGAGUUGCACGAACAGGACACCGGAGAAGAUAAGGACGGGGUUGGACAGGCGGAAAAUGAACAAUCCGAAAGCGGUCAUCAAGGGAUUGCUGAAUCGAAAGAAACUCGGGCGAAUCGUGACCAGAAAGAGAGGAUGCAAAAGCAGGAGAAGCGCCGACAAGGUAACACCGAUGACGAUAGAAGCCUGGGGGAUCCGAACAAGGCGGAAAACAAGAGGCUGAAAACCAUUGCCGAGAUCAAUAGGGAGGAUAAAGCGGAGAAGGCAGAUGAGGCGGAAGCGAACGAAGAACAGGAAGAAACCGCAGAAGAAUAUCAGCAUGUGAAAGAUGCGAAGCAGAGUGACAAGACGACUCUGGAUAAUGCCACCGAGGAGCAGUCCAAGAAGGUGCAACACAAGGAAAACCAGGAGGAACAGGAUAAGAAAGCGGAUGAAGAAGAGGAAGGAACCGAUGAGUUGAUGGACGUUGAAGAGCAGGAAGAAAAUGGCCAGGAAAACAAACAGGAUUUGUUGGAAAGUGAAAAGAAUGAAAAGAAAAAAGACAAACCAAGUCGGAAGGAUGAAACUGCCCGUGAUAAGGCGAAUACGGUGGAAAACGUUGACGUGGAAGGAGACACAGUCGAAACGGCACAGGUUGGAAGAGGAACGGAAACGACCGCACACACUCUCAUGGACAUCCUGCACGACAUGACACUGCCGGAGGAACCGGCGGCAGCGGAGCUGCUGGAAAUGCGCAAAAUAGUCGAACGGGAAACGCUGGCGGUGAGCGGAGCCGGCUCCCAGCCGGGCCACGAUGACUUCGACCGGUGGCAGCGGAUUUCCAAUCGAAUGCUUCCGAACGCGCGGGAACUCUGUGAACAGCUCCGGCUGAUUUUGGAACCAACCAAGUGCACCCGGCUGAAGGGUGACUACCGGACGGGUCGUCGUAUCAACAUGAAAAAGAUCAUCCCCUAUAUUGCGUCGCAAUUCCGGAAGGACAAAAUCUGGCUGCGUCGAACGAAGGCCGCCCAGCGGGACUACAAAAUUACCAUUGCCGUGGACGAUUCCAAAUCGAUGGACCAUAACAAUUCGAAGGAACUGACACUGCAAGCGAUUUCGUUGGUGUCUCAAGCGCUGACGCUGCUGGAAAGUGGCCGGCUUAAUGUGAUGUCGUUCGGAGAGGCCCCGAAAAAUUUGCUCAAGCAUUCCGAUCAGUUCGAUGGGGCCAAGCUGAUUAAUUCGUUGAAUUUCGAACAGAACCAGAGCCGAAUUGCCGAGCUGCUCGACUUCGUGCGGACAUUCAACUCGGAGGAUGCCGCUGGCUCGGACAACAGUAUUUUCGAAAAUUUACUUCUAGUGCUCAGCGAUGGCCGCAACAUCUACAGCGAGGGAGAAAAGAAGGUGAAAAACUCCGUCAAACUGGCUCGCUUGCAGCGAAUAUUCGUGGUUUACGUGAUCAUUGAUAACCCGGAGAAUAAGCACUCAAUCAUGGACAUCCGGGUGCCACUCUUUACGGCCGAUAGGAGUGAAAUUGUGAUGCAGUCCUAUCUGGAUGUGUUUCCCUUUCCGUACUAUGUGAUCGUACGCGAUCUUGGACAGCUACCGUUGGUGCUGAGCGACGCCAUGAGACAAUGGUUCGAGCUGGUCAACAGUGAGCAGUAAUGUAAGUUGGGAAGUAACUAUGUGUAUGUAAGAUUGCUACCGGGUUAAGCUUGUAGUUUGUUAGUGACUUAGAUAGAAAUAUCUAAUCUUUUAGGAUUAAAAUAAAAUGUUAUUCAACGUAGAUAUAUGCUACUAUCUACAAUAAUAGAUUAGCGAUA